UGUUGGUGGCUGUAUAAAAGGAUGGUCGUAACUUGGACACUGUCAUUUGUACCGAAACUUCGUAUCGGCAUGCCGAUGGGAUCCACUCAUUUUACUAUCAUGAGGCAACUGUUGCUUGUCGUCGCCGUCUCUUUACAGGUCUCUGCAUACACCGAUUUUGUUCAACGCCCUCGGCAAUCUUCUCUGUUAUAUCCUAUGCAUAGUAAACGGAUACGAACUCCAGAGAAAAUUAUAACAGAUUGCAUGACAGUGUGGUCAGAAGAAGGUCACGUGUAUUACAAGUCUACUUCCAAUGACCCAACAGUAUGCGGUAUUUACUUAAUGGCUAAGCCUGAUCAGACCGUCCACGUGUAUUUUGAUUACGUUGAUAUACCGUGUAAUACAGGCGGACUUAUAGCGUUUGUAGAUGGGUGGGAAUUAAAUGGUCAGCUAUUUCCAAAUGAAAAUGAUCACCAAGUUCCUACUGAAGAUCGAUUUUUCGAGAUUUGUGGUACAAAAAAACCUAAACAGAUAUUCAAAGCAUCACAAAAUGCAGCUCUGAUACAAUAUCGUAUACCACAUAGAGGCAAUGGCUUCAGUUUUUAUGUCUCUUUCAUCAAUAAUCCAACUCCAUGCAACAUCCUCCUAACCGGUUUAGUCGACGUGUAUACGUUAAGGAAUUACGGGAAACAAGUAAACUGUAGUUUGACCACAUUAUAUCCAGCUCAAGUAAAAAUUUUAUCUCUGGGAGUUGGUUUGGGACACGGUCAAAAGAGAAAUUAUGAACUUGAAACCGGAACGAUUCACAAGUGUGAGAAUCGCGGAGCGCCUGAUUUCGUUCAAGUGGGAGGUGGCGACGGCUUAGGACAACUAUCGGUUGUUGAUUCAAUCUGUGGAACAAAUUCAGCCCCAGAGAAUGCAGUUGAGACUAUUAUGUGUGACGUGACAACAGUGAGGCUGGUCUCAAGUGGCCAAUUUCAUAAUGCUGUCACUGUGGCUGUAACACCACCCGAAGUAGAAGCUACGCCAACAUUAGUGUGCCGACAAUAGAACUAACGAUGUUCGGAAAAACAGAAGUCUUUCCUUCCAAAAAAUAUAAGCCGAAGCAGAUUCUGUUUUACCUUUUUUGAUUAAAUUAAGUUAUUAUUAUCAUUACAUGUUCAUUUGAAUAAAAAUUAUAAUUAAUAACACAAUAGUAAAAGGAAUACAUAAGACAAAAUAUAUAUUAAAUUAUAAUUUUUAUAUUAUAUAUUAUCAAGGUAUACAAGUAUAUAUAUAUAU